AUGAAACUGACAAGUCUGUUGUUAUCCAUUGGUCUGUUGCUCCAGACCUGUAUGGGAGUGCGGUUUGAGUCGCUCAUAUCGUCGAACAAGAACGCCGUGAUCAAGAUCAAUGACGGCAAUUAUAAAUCGCUUAUGAAUAACGAAGAUUUCGACCUUGUCUUGUUCUUGACCGCUUCGAAUCCGCAGAUUGGUUGUGUUUUAUGUAACGAUUUCCAGCCGAUCUACGAGCAAUUUUCCUCUUCCUACUAUGAGAACCUGAAGACAAAAGGAAUCGGCAAAGACGACACCAAAUUGGUGUUUGCCAUGGCCGAUUUCCCAAGCUCUAGAAGAUUUUUCCAAGAACUGUCUUUAACAAACGUGCCCAAGCUUUACUACUACGAGGCAACCAAAGGUUCGACCCUGCAGCAGCAGGAUGAGUUCCAAUUCGUCGUGAUGGACAGCAUUCCGGCAUUGACCUCGUGGGUUGUCAGUAAAACCAAGCUAAGCCCUGAGCUUUUCACAAUUAUCCAAAAAAUCAACUACACAGAGCUUAUUCUCACCAUCUCCGCCGUUUUGGGCGCGGUGUCGCUAUUGGCAUUACAAUACAAAAAGGUUCUUGCCCUGUUGGCCAAGAAGCGCGGUUGGCAAGGACUCAGCAUCGUGGUGGUCAUUCUGUUUACCGCAGGAUACAUGUUCAACGUGAUAAGAAACACUCCAUAUGUGAGAACAAAUAGAGACGGAUCAAACGCAUACUUUAUUGCCGGUCACCAGGCCCAAUUGGGCGCAGAGACCCAGAUCGUUUCUGUGAUCUAUGGUCUGCUUGCCAUUUCCAUGGUGAUAAUGAUAGACACGCUCCCAAAGCUGCAAAACGGUCGGUACAAGUUGGCUGGGUCCAUUGGGUGCUCGGUUGUGGUUUUCCUAUUGUACAGCUGGCUCGUUGCCUGUUUCCAUGCCAAAAACACCGGUUAUCCAUUCUGGCUCCUCAAGUUAUGA